AUGUCAUCAACAUCUACUUUCAAAAUCAAGGGCCUGACCUCACUUGAUCUCCCUUCUGACAAGAUAGAAGUAGAGGUCGAGAAGAUCGAGAAGGGGAAACUCUUGCUCUUGAAACAUGGCGGCCAGAUCCAUGCACUCACUGCUAAUUGUACGCAUUAUGGGGCGCCGCUGGUAAAGGGCGUGCUCAGUCCGGAUGCAAGACUGACUUGUCCAUGGCAUGGUGCUUGCUUUAAUAUUACAACUGGAGACGUGGAAGACGCGCCAGCUUUGAAUGCGCUGCAUAAAUAUGAAGUAUUUGAGAAGGAUGGCGGUGUCUAUGUCAAGGCGGAUGAAGCCACCUUCAAGGAAAAUGGCAGACUUCCCGUAUCUUCCUGCAGUGUUGCGCAACAAGAUCAGAAGGUUGUGAUUAUCGGAGGCGGAAGCGCAACAAUCGGAGCAGUAGAAGUACUCCGCGAGCAUGGCUUCAAUGGCCAGAUCACAAUAAUUUCCAAGGAGGCCAACCUCCCCCUUGACAGAACAAAGCUCUCCAAAGCCCUGAUCCCGGAACCAGAGAAGCUCCUCCUGAGACCGCAAGAGUGGUACACCUCAGUCUCCAUCUCCGUGGUCUCAGACGAAGCCACCUCUGUCGAUUUCACAAACAAAACCGUAGCUACCAAAUCCGGCAAGUCUAUUCCAUAUACAAAGCUAAUCCUCGCUACAGGUGGAACCCCUCGCCACCUGCCACUGCCCGGCUUCAAAGAGCUGGGGAACAUCUUCGUCCUCCGCACCAUACAAGACGUGCAGGCCAUCCUAGCCGCUGUGGGUUCUACCAAAAAGAAAGAAAUUGUAGUAAUCGGCAGCUCCUUCAUCGGCAUGGAAGUAGGCAACGCGCUCUCCAAAGAGAACAAUAUAAAAAUCGUCGGCAUUGAAUCCGCGCCGCUCGAGCGCAUAAUGGGUGCCAAAAUCGGGCGCAUCUUCCAAAAUAACCUGGAGAAAAACGGCGUUAAGUUCUACAUGUCUGCUUCCGUCGAUAAAGCGACACCGUCUUCCGCAGAUCCGUCAAAGGUAGGCGCCGUCCACUUCAAGGACGGUACCUCUCUGCCAGCUGAUCUCGUCAUCCUGGGUGUUGGAGUCAGCCCAGCCACUGAAUUCCUCCGCGAUAACCCCAGCGUAACCCUGGAACGCGACGGGUCCCUCAGGACGGACGAAUACUUUGCCGUCGAGUGCCUGAAGGGAAACAACAGCGACGGCAGCAGCAGCGAUGUCUACGCAAUCGGCGACAUCGCCACAUACCCCUAUCUCGGGCCUGGGGCAGGGCAAGGCGGCCAUUCGCAUGUACGCAUCGAGCACUGGGACGUAGCACAAAAUGCGGGGAGAAGCGUUGGGCGUACCAUCGCCCACGCCUUCUCGAGCAACAGUUCCGUGCCUCUGAAAGCGAAAUCAUUCAUUCCGAUCUUCUGGUCAUCGCUCGGUGGGCAGCUGCGUUACUGUGGAAAUACGAUGAAUGGCUUUGACGAUUUGAUUGUCAAGGGGGAACCUGAGGCGGCGAAGUUUGUGGCGUAUUAUGUGCUGGGUGAGACGGUGGUGGCAGUUGCGAGUCUGGGAAUGGACCCGAUUGUUAUGAAGUGUGCACAGUUGAUGAAGAGAGGGAAGAUGUUAGGGAAAAAAGAGGUGAUCGAGGGAGUGGAUGUGUUGAAGGUAGAUUUGGAAUGA